AUGUCCCUCUUCGUUCUCGCUGAGACGCCUGCGGGCUACGGCCUGUUCAAGGCUGCCGAUAAGAAGCUCCUGAAGCGCGAGGAGCUUACUUCCGGUCCUACCUCUUCCGAGCAGAUCAAUGACAUGCUCAAGCUCAAGUCUUUUGUCAAGUUCGACAGCUCCGCCAUUGCCGUCGAGGAAGCCAGCGGACUCCGCGAGGGUCGCGUUCCCCCGAUGCUGGCCAAUCUUCUCAACGAAAUCAAGGACGAGAAGAAGGCUUCGCUGGCCGUCGCCGAUGUCAAGCUGGGUGCUGCCAUUGGCAAGCUUCCCGACCUCGACAUCAAGGCGGUUUCCGACGCUGCCACCUUGGAGCUUUUCCGUGCCGUUCGCGAGAACCUUUCUUCCCUGAUUCCCGGUCUCGCCGAUGAAACUGUGGACCGCAUGGCUCUGGGUCUUUCCCACUCCAUCUCUCGCCACAAGCUCAAGUUCUCCGCCGACAAGGUCGAUGCCAUGGUCGUCCAGGCCAUCAAGCUUCUCGAUGAUCUCGACAAGGAGCUCAACGUCUACGCCAUGCGAACCAAGGAGUGGUAUGGCUGGCACUUCCCUGAGCUGGCCAAGAUCCUCAACGACAACCUUGCCUACGCCCGUCUUGUCGACCUUGUCGGCAUGCGCGAGAACCUCGCCGACGCCGACCUUUCCGACAUCCUCCCUGAGGAGCUCGAGACCCCCGUCAAGACCGCUGCCGAGAUCAGCAUGGGUACCGAAAUCACGCCCGACGAUCUCGAGAACAUCCAGCUCCUUGCCCGCCAGGUCAUCUCGUACUCUGAGUAUCGUACUCAGCUGUCCUCGUACCUCGAGACUCGCAUGCGCGCUCUUGCCCCCAACCUGACGGCACUCGUCGGCACUCUCGUCGGUGCCCGCCUCAUCGCCCACGCUGGUUCCAUUCUCAGCCUUGCCAAGGCGCCUAGUUCCACUAUCCAGAUCUACGGUGCCGAGAAGGCUCUGUUCCGCGCGCUCAAGACCAAGCACGACACGCCCAAGUACGGUAUCAUCUACCAUUCUUCUCUCGUUGGUCAGGCUACUGGCAAGAACAAGGGCAAGAUCGCCCGUUCGCUCGCUGCCAAGACGGCCCUUGGCCUCCGUGUCGAUGCCCUGGCCGACUUUGAUGGCGAAGAUGCCGAUGAGGAGGAGAGGGGCAUGCUCGGUCUCACCAGCCGCAUCAAGCUCGAGAACCUACUCCGCAAGCUCGAGGGCAAGCCUCCUCUGCCCAAGGGCGCCAACAUUGCCCCCGAUGGCUCGCUCACUGCCCCUGCUCAGUUCACCCUGAACGAGGUCAGGAAGUACAACGCCGACGCUGAUGGUGUCGACGGUGCCGAGGUUAACGGCAAGGCCGACAAGAAGGCUAAGAAAGCCAAGAAGGCUCUGAUCCAGGAGGUCGAGAUGAAGGAUGCCGACAGCGAGGCCGAGGACUCGGACGACGACAUGGAGGAUGCCUCUGGCUCUCCCAGCAUUGGUUCCGUCUCGGACGACACGGAUGGCGAGAAGCCUUCCGACAAGGCCGAGCGUAAGGCCCAGAAGGCCCGUCGCAAGGAGCGCGAGGAGAGGAGGGUUAAGAAGGCCGAGCAGGACGCCAAGCGUGCCGCUGCUACCCCUGUCAAGGUCACCACCACCAAGGUCGUUGUCGAGACCACUCCUGCCAAGCUCACCGAGGCUGAUUACGAGCGUCACGCCGCGGCUGCCGGUAUCAGCGUCACCAAGUUCAAGCGCAAGUUCGAGCGCGGUGAUGUCGAGCUCGGCCCCGACGGCCAGCCAGUCGUGUUCAGCAAGAAGGAGCUGAAGAAGCUCCGCAAGGCUGAGGAGAAGGCCGACGAGACCCCCUCCAAGUCUGAUGCCGAGGGCAAGAAGAAGAGGAAACACGAGGACGCCGAGGAGGCGACGCCGAAGAAGGAGAAGAAGCAGAAGAAGAAGCGCCAGUCGCUGGGUGCCUAA